AUGCGUUUUAAUCUAUCUAACCAAUCGAGUCUUUCUCAUAUGCCAAGAGUAGAAAAUACUCGCUUACCACAGGAACUAUCGCAAAAUACACCAUAUCGAUACAAUCCUCCACUAUUAAUGUCGAUCGAUCCUGCAUCUGUACCUCCAUUUUUUUUUCAACAACAAAUACGAAAACAAUGUGAAGAAAGUCAAAAACAGAAACGUGAACGCCAGCGAGCAGUUCAACCAAUCCACAUACCUCAAGCAACCAAAUCAACCAAUGCAAUCACAAUAGUUAACUCCAAACCACAGUCUAAACCUUUGUCAUUACCAACAACAACUGUUGAUCUUAUUCCAGUUCCAACCGUAGCGGUGGUAUUAUCAGACUCCACGGUGUCUUGA